UGGGAACGCGCGACCGAUCCGAACCGUCCUUGGGCGGAGCGUCUGCGUCAUGUGACCGCUCAAGAUGGCGGCCCCCGUGGGAACAACAAGCUGCGUGGAGGACUGAGGGAGUGCACGGAGCGAUCCGUGCGCGGUUGAAGUGAAGUCCUUGGAGGGGCUGGGCCAGACCACAGAGUCCUGCUAGAGGGAACCAGUAUGGCAGGAGAAGAGUUUCUCAAAUCUACUUCGGGGAGAAAUGUGCAUGUAGCAAAACGAAGCCAGGCUGAAAUCCUGAGAGAGAGAUUUGAAAGGCUUCCAGAAGCAGAUAAGAGCUUAUUUCAAAAUGGAUCUUACUUCCUUGCAUUAAAUGGAAGUCUGUGUGGCUUAAUAUCAAACAGUUUGUUUAGGCGUGUCCUGCAUAUUACUCAGGCUCGUUUUAUAUCCAGUUUGCCAAUGGCAGUUCUACCGUUCAUCUCAGUGGUGGUGAUUUAUGAUGCAUGUAUUAGGAGGCCUUUAAUGGAAGGUGAUCUAAACUGUGCAACAUGUGUUUCGGUCAGAGGAGGAUUAAUUGGAGGUGUUAUAGGUUGUCUGUAUCCUGCACUUCUAGCUCUACCUCUAAACGCAGCUCUUGCAUCAAGGUAUUUCACAUCUCCUAUGCCAGAAAAUGAAAACCUGCUCCGGUACUGGACCACAGUUUCAAAACCAGUCUUCAAGAAGAUGAAAUUUGCCAUAAUCCUGCAAGUUGCAUUUGGCAUGUAUAUGAGCUCAAAACAUCAUGAUAUAUAUAUUAAAAUGCUGCAGUUGCCUGAAAGUAGGAGGGAUUCUUAACUGCUCAAGGAAUAAAGCAUAGUCGUGCAGCUAUUA